AUUAUCACCGAGAAGAAGCAGUCCCGGAAAAAAAAUAUGGCUAAGAACAGCGAGAUGCAGACACUCGACUUUCUUCGAACAGCAGAGCUAUUAAAACAAGGCGCAGAAGCGCGAGUAUACCGUAGUGUGUUUCUCGGGAAGCCGACUAUUGUGAAAGAAAGGUUCCCGAAACGUUACAGACACCCAGUGUUGGACGAAAAACUGACACACCGUCGGACUGUGCAAGAGGUUCGCUCUAUUCUUCGUUGCCGGAAAGCAGGCAUAUCAGCCCCUGUUGUCUACUUUGUGGACUACACCUCCCACUGCAUUUUCUUGGAGGAAAUCACGGAUUCCUCGACAGUACGUGACCACAUUGCUUCUGCGCAGCUGUCUGGUUCCUCCUGUCCUGAUGUGGAGCUGGAGCAUCUGGUUAAGAAGAUGGGUCACAUCCUGGCCAAAAUGCAUGAUGAGGACGUCAUCCACGGUGACUUGACCACCUCCAACAUGUUACUGAGGCGGCCACCAGAGGAUGGCGAGACUGACCUAGUCCUCAUCGACUUUGGUUUGAGUUACAUAUCGACUCUGCCAGAGGAUAAGGCGGUAGAUUUGUACGUGUUGGAAAAAGCUUUCCUCAGUACUCAUCCCAGCACAGAGGCACUGUUUGAGACGUUACUAAAGAGCUACACAGCCUCAUCCCAAAAAUCAGAAGCAGUCAUAAAAAAGCUUGAUGAAGUUCGUUUGAGAGGGAGAAAGCGGUCUAUGGUGGGUUGAAAGAGUUCUCCAACGUAACUAAGUAAAAAUAUUUUGCUUCAUCAUUGUAUAAGUGGUGAUUAUCAAACAUAGUAAAAUCUUAACUGAAUUAAGUGAAAUUCUGACAAGAAUUCAGUUGAUUGUUCGGAUUCGAUUCAAUCCACCAGAUUGCAUG